AUGACAGCGGAGGAGGUGUUGAACGUACACAGCAAAGAAAAUUCCGAUAACGCCGCCGAAGAUCAUCACAAGAUCGUUACGGAGCAUUGCAAUGGCGAUGUUCGUGGUAAAGACAUUUCUGAGAACGGUAAUGUCGGUGCCGAAGUCGUUUCUGAUUCCGUUGAUUCAGAUCCGAUCGUCACCGUUGACGGUAAUGGUGUAGCGUUGGAAGAUCACAAGGUGGAAGGUGAAUCUCAAGUUAAGGUAAUUCCGGAAGAACCUUGUGUAGUUUCUAAUGGUUCUGUUGACGAAACGACUACUGUUGAUGUCGUUGAGCGGGAAGGAGAGAUUCGUAAAAACGGUUCGGGAUCUGAUGUGAAUAACGUUCAUGUUACUGAUACUGUUGCGGAGGCUGGUGACGUUAACGAAUUCACAAGUGUUCCAAACGGUGUGUUGGAUAAACAUCCGAAUGAGUGUGCUGUGGAGAAUCAGAACGAGAUUCGUGAAGUUACUGAUUCUUUUGUAGAGGUGGAUGAAUUGAAGGAUAAGGAUCUUGAAUUGGAGAGUGUUCAAAACAGUGCCGUUGCGGAGAACGAGAUUGGCCUUGUUGCUGACGUGGACAAGAGUGAUUGUGAAUUGGAAGGUAUAGCUGUUGAAAACAGUGCCGUGGAUAGGGAUGGGGAAGGAGAUGUUGAAGAGAUCGAGAUUCCUGUUGCUGUUGAAGAAGUUGCUGUUGCUUCUACAGAAGCUGUGGAGUCUGUUGAUUCUGAUGUGGUGGGAACAACGGAAUCUGAAGACCGGGAAAAAGUGGAGAGUGGAAGUGUUGUUGAUGUAGAUGUUUCAGAUGAGAAGAACAAACUUUGCAAUACUGAAUUGGAAAGUGAAAUUGGUGGUGAAGUGAGUGAAUCAGCUGAGAAGAAUGAAAUUCAUGAUGCUAUGUUGAAAAAUGUAGUUGAUGCUGAAGUGAGUGAAUCAGCUGAGAAGAACGAAAUUCAUGACGCUGUGUUGAAAAAUGUAGUUGAUGCUGAAGUGAGUGAAUCAGCUGAGAAAAGCGAAAUUCAUGACGCUGUGUUGAAAAAUGUAGUUGAUGCUGAAGUGAGUGAAUCAGCUGAGAAAAGCGAAAUUCAUGAUGCUGAGUUGGAAACUUCAGUGAAUGCUGAAGUCAGUGAAUCAGCUGAGAAGAAGGAAAUUCAUGAUGCUGAGUUGGAAACUUCAGUGAAUGCUGAAGUCAGUGAAUCAGCUGAGAAGAAGGAAAUUCAUGAUGCUGAGUUGGAAACUUCAGUGAAUGCUGAAGUGAGUGAAUCAGCUGAGAAGAACGAAAUUCCUGAUGUUGAAUUGGAAACCGUGGUUGAUGCUGAAGUGAGCGAAUCAGCUGAGAAGAAGGAAAUUCCUGAUGUUGAAUUGGAAACUGUGGUUGAUGCUGAAGCGAGUGAAUCAGCUGAGAAGAACGAAAUUCCUGAUGUUGAAUUGGAAACUGUGGUUGAUGCUAAAGUGAGCAAAUCGGAUGAGAAGAACGAAAUUCCUAAUGUUGAAUUGGAAACCGUGGUUGAUGCUGAAGUGAGUGAAUCAGUUGAAAAAAACGAAAUUCCCACCCAUGAUAAUGAAGCCAGUGAUAAUACUGGCCUGGAGGAAUGUGCAGUUGAAGAUAGUCAAAAUGGUUCAGGGAAGGUAUUGAGUGAAUCUGUCUCUGUUACUGUUGUUGAAAAUGGUUUGGCCGAGGUUGAGGAGAGCACUGAGGGGAAAGUGAUUCCUAGUGAUAUGGGUGAAUUGGAGAGGUCUGUUGAGAUAUCAGAACCUCAAGUGGUUCUUCAAGGAAAAGAUUUAGCAAAGUUAAUCAAGUCAGGGACUUCUGAUGAUGCCGAUGAAGGUGUAAUUGAAAACAAACCUUCUGUUGAUACGAAAAACAUUGAAGAAGAGACUGAGACUGAACCUUCUGAUAAUGCUGUCAACGGUGAUGGUAUAUCUAUUGAGGUGUCUGAGCCUGAGAUGAAAAACGAUGCAAUUGGUAGUGAAGCUGAACCUUCAACAGAAACAGUGGAGAAUGAAGUUGAAGUUUCAAACAAUGUGAUGCAGAGUGAGGCUGAUCCUUCUCUUCAUGUGCAAGAUUUAAAAACCGAUGUGGGUAGUGUAGCCGAAUCUUCAGUUGAAGCCGAACCUUCUCUUCAUGUGCAAGGUUUGAAAAAUGAUGUUGUGGGUAGUGUAGCGGAAUCUUUAGUUGAAGCAGAACCUUCAGUUGAAGCAGAACCUUUAGUUAAAGCUGAACCUUCAGCUGAAGUUUCCGCCGAAGAAAGCAUCCAGACCAAUGAUGAUUUGAAAACAUCCCAAGAAGCAUCUGCCACUGAUGCUAUGGAUGCUCAGAAUAUGGUCACUGAGGUGGUGAGAAAGCCCUUCUAUUGGUUGAUCCGGGUUCCCAGAUAUGAUGAUGAUGAAAACAUAAAAGAGCAGAUUCAACAUGCUCUUCAACAAGUAGAAGAGAAGACUAAAAUCCGUGACGAAAUUCGAGCUGAAAGCCAGAUUAAAAAGGCAAUUUGUAAAGAGCAUGGGCAAGAAUUUAGAGCUGCAGUUCAAGAAGAGAGAGCUUCUAGGGAGUUGCUCAAAUCCAAACGGCAGGAGAUGGAUUCAGUUCAAUCCACCAUGAAUAGAUUAAAUAAUGCAAUUUCUGUAGGGGAUAUUGAUAGCAAGAUUAGAAACAUGGAACACAUGAUUCAGCACGAAACUCUGCCUCUAAAAGAAGAAAAGCAAUUGAUACGCCAAAUCAAACAAUUGAAGCAGAGUCGCGGCGAGCUGUCUAGUAUUAUAGCAAAACAGAAUCAAUCACAAUCUCUUGACGAAAAAGACAAUAUUGAAGAGCAAUCUAAGCAAUUACAGCUCUUGAGGAAGGAUUUAGAUGUGCUUAGAAAUAAUGUUCUGAAGGCAGAAGCAGUAACUAAAGCAGCAAAGAAGAAAUAUGAUGAAGAAAGUAACCAAGUGAGUGAGGUUCUGGCUCGAUUUAAGACUGCUGAUGACAUUCGUCAAGAAGCUUUUGUCAAGCUACAGACUUUGAAAAGGAAAUUACAUGAGAAGAGCAAAUAUUUUUGGGAAUAUAAAAAUGCUUCAAUUAAAGCGCAAGAACUAGCAGUACAAGGGAAGAAAGAGGAGGUGCAAAGCUUAUGUAUUGAUGAGGCUGAGCGAAUACAUGAGAUGUGGAAGAAUGAUGAGUUCAGAAGGAACUAUCUCCGGUGCAACACCAGGAGUACACUGAGGAGACUGCAAACUUACGAUGGCCGAAUGCUUGGUCCUGAUGAAGAGCCACCAGUGAUUCCUAAUAAUACCUUCUUUGAAAAAGCUACCAAAGAUGAUUCUUUGGUCUCGCGAUCAGCUCCUGAACUACAAAAGAAAUCAAUACCAACAGAAUCUGUUACUGUUAAUACAAAAGUUGAACCCGCAUCCAAGGUUGUAGUACAAAAACCUGAAAUAAGUCAGACAACUAGUGCUAAAAAGCCCGCAAAACCUGCUCCUUCAGAGAAGAAGUCAGCGAUUCCAGUUCGUCGUUGGGGGGACGAGUCUGAUGAAGAUAAGGAACUUAAGGAACCUGUGAAAACAAAGGAGGAAGAGGAGCGAAUUUUAAAGGCUGAAAAGGCGAGGAAGGAGGAAGAAGAAGCAAAGCUGAAGGAAAUGAAAAGGCUAGAGGAAAUUGAGAAAGCUAAGGAGGCAUUGCAAAGGAAAAAGCGUAAUGCAGAGAAGGCCCAACAAAGGGCUCUGUAUAAGGCACAAAAAGAAGCCGAGCAAAAAGAGAAGGAAAGGGAGAAAAGAGCAAGGAAGAAGGGAAAGAAAAAAGCAGUUUCUACUGAAGAUGCUGUGGAGAAAAUAGAACAAGAUUCUGCAGCUUCUCCUAGCUCUGAAACUCUGACAAGAACUAUCGAAGAAUCUGAUCAGAGUGAGAAACCAGUUGAGGUAACAAAAAGGUCAGUAAAACCAUCUCAAUUCAUGAAGCAGAACAAGGUGAAAUCUCUACCUAUGUCAAUUCGCAACCGGGGAAAGAGACGAAUUCAACCAUGGAUGUGGGUUGUAAUUGCUGUUCUGGUUAUUGCUGCCUUGUUUUAUAUUGGGAAUAACAGCUCCCUCAGAUCUUCGUUUCAAAACUAUGGUUUCUGA